GAGAGAACGGGGGGGAGGGCGGGGGCAGAUGCGGCGCUAACUGUAGGCAGGAGUGAGGAGCCGCAGCUGAGGGAAGGCCUUGGAAAGCUUCCUGAGAAGGGAUCCGAUUUACCUCGUUUGCCUCCCCUCCCCCCUGGGCUCCGUGGCCAGCCAGGAGCGCUGCCGCCAUCCCUCCGCCUCGAGGGGAUGCGCGCGGGGCCGCUGCCCGCCCCGCCGCACCAUGUAGCCGCCCCCGGCCCCGCACAGCCCCGCGCCGCCUCGCUGGGAGCCCGCAGGAGGAGCUCUGGGACAUGGAGGGGACGGAGAGGUGAGGAGAGCCAGCCCCCACGCCGCACCUCGCAGUGUCCAGCCUGAGGGGGACCAGCGAUGCCUCUGGGGAUGAACAAGCAUGGAUCUCGCUCUACUACCUCUUUGCCUCCGGACCCCACGGAGAUCGUCAGGAGCAAAGCCUGCUCCCGAAGGGUCAAGCUCAACGUGGGGGGGUUGGCCCACGAGGUUCUCUGGCGGACCUUGGACAGGUUGCCACGGACCAGGCUGGGUAAGCUCAGAGACUGCAACUCACACGACUCCCUCAUGGAGAUCUGUGAUGACUACAACCUGGAGGAGAAUGAAUACUUCUUUGACAGGCAUCCUGGGGCAUUCACCUCAAUCUUGAACUUCUACCGUACUGGCAAGCUGCACAUGAUGGAGGAGAUGUGCGCCUUGUCCUUCAGUCAGGAGCUGGACUACUGGGGGGUGGAUGAGAUCUACCUGGAGUCCUGCUGCCAGGCCCGCUAUCACCAGAAGAAGGAGCAGAUGAAUGAGGAGCUGAAAAGAGAAGCAGAGACCUUGAGGGAAAGGGAAGGAGAGGAAUUUGAUAACACUUGCUGUGCUGAAAAAAGGAAAAAGCUCUGGGACCUUCUGGAGAAGCCCAACUCCUCCGUAGCGGCCAAGAUUUUGGCAAUUAUUUCCAUCAUGUUUAUUGUACUAUCUACAAUUGCCUUGUCCCUUAACACACUUCCUGAACUACAAGGCAUGGAUGAAUUUGGGCAGACCACAGAUAACCCCCAACUUGCCCACGUGGAAGCGGUGUGCAUUGCAUGGUUUACAAUGGAAUACCUCUUGCGGUUCCUAUCCUCACCUAAGAAAUGGAAGUUUUUCAAAGGCCCGCUGAAUGCUAUUGAUUUGCUAGCUAUCUUACCGUACUAUGUCACUAUCUUCCUCACAGAAUCCAAUAAAAGUGUACUUCAGUUCCAAAAUGUACGACGAGUGGUCCAAAUAUUUCGGAUUAUGAGGAUACUCCGGAUUCUAAAGCUUGCCCGGCACUCAACGGGUUUGCAGUCCUUGGGGUUUACCCUGAGGAGGAGUUACAAUGAACUUGGAUUACUCAUCUUGUUUUUAGCCAUGGGCAUUAUGAUCUUUUCCAGUUUAGUGUUUUUUGCAGAAAAGGAUGAGGAUGAUACAAAAUUCAAGAGUAUCCCAGCUUCUUUCUGGUGGGCAACAAUUACCAUGACAACAGUAGGCUACGGAGACAUCUACCCCAAAACUCUUUUAGGUAAAAUAGUAGGAGGACUGUGCUGUAUUGCUGGAGUGCUGGUGAUUGCUCUUCCCAUCCCAAUUAUUGUCAAUAACUUCUCUGAGUUCUACAAAGAGCAGAAGAGGCAGGAGAAAGCCAUUAAGCGCAGGGAAGCUCUUGAAAGAGCAAAAAGGAAUGGCAGUAUUGUCUCCAUGAACAUGAAGGAUGCAUUUGCCCGUAGUAUAGAACUCAUGGACAUUGUGGUUGAAAAGAAUGGAGACAGCAUAGCCAAAAAGGAUAAAGUUCAGGACAAUCAUUUAUCUCCCAGCAAAUGGAAAUGGACCAAGAGAACACUCUCUGAAACUAGCUCUAGUAAAUCUUUUGAAACUAAGGAACAAGGAUCUCCAGAAAAAGCCAGAUCAUCUUCAAGUCCCCAGCACCUAAACGUCCAACAGCUAGAGGACAUGUAUAACAAAAUGGCAAAGACUCAGUCCCAGCCAAACCUUAAUACUAAAGAGUCAAGUCAGCCGGGAAAGCAAAAAGAAGAGCUAGAAAUGGAAACUCUUCCUGGCCCUAUGGUGCCCUUGCUGACAACUCGUACUGAUGGGAUCAUUGACAUGAGGAGCAUGUCCAGCAUUGACAGUUUCAUAAGUUGUGCGGCAGAGUUCCCAGACUCUGGGAGGUUUUCCCACAGCCCACUCGCUACCAUUCCCGGCAAAGGUGGCAUUAAUGUGAUUCAGGAGCAGAGCAGGCCAGAGGGAAGCGGUGCCAGAUUUUCAGAAAUGAAUCCAAGCUCUGAAGGCAGCCACCGUUCUGCUUUUUUCAUAGAAAGUCCCAAAAGCUCCAUAAAGGCCAGUAACCCCUUAAAAUUAAGAUCUCUGAAAGUUAACUUCAUGGAAGAGGAAACCAGCACGUUAGUACCAGCAUCAAAUGUACUGAGAAUAUAUCCAGACUCUCUUAAGAGCCGGGGAGCUGCUGCUGCCGCCGCCACAGAUACUUCCUUACUCUCUGACAGGUCUCUCAUGAGCCCAGAAACCUCGAUUUACACAACUGCGAGUGCGAGAACACCCCCAAAGUCACCAGAGACACAGACAGCCAUAGCUUUCAACUUCCACGAUGCUGGUAUACACAAAUAUAUAGAUGCUGACACUGAUGAUGAAGGUCAGCUGCUUUAUGAUUCAAGCCCACCUGGAAAUGUGAGUCCCAAGUACAAAGUUACAAACAGUGGCUAUUUAAAGCAGAAGGACAAUGUUUAUAGAACAGAGAAGAACCAUCUAGAAGCUGCUGCUUUACCCACCUCCCCAAAGCUUAUAGGGCAAAACUGCAUUUACUCUAUGGAAGGUAUCACUGGAAGAACCCAGGGCAAUCAGGAGACCGUCAGACUAGAAAAUCACAUUUCCCCGGAAGUCCAUGUAUUACCAGGCAGUGGAGGACAUGCUAACACACAUGAUCAAAGCAUCUGAGAUGUCUUUACAGUCGACACAAAAAAAAAAGAGCUUCUGCAUGGCAUGAACUUGGCUGAAACGAGCCACCUGUUUCUAAAAGUCUGGGCGAGGUCCAGUGUGGGUUUGUGAAAAUGUCCUUCUCUGAAACAACUCUAAAGACGUUGCCCACAUCAGUCAAAAACAAGGAUUGCAAAUCAUGAUCACACAUUGAUCUCCUUUCAUGUUGUCCAGUGAAGCCAAUGUGACCAAAUAUCCAUCCAUUCCCCCUUGAACGCUAGAGCUCCUUUUGGAAAUAUUAACAUCUGAUUUGCAUUAGUUCCAUAAAGGAUGCCAAGGCAGCCAGAUUUGAACUCUGGAAUAAAUUGCUGGGGUUGGUAUAAAGCUAUCAAAAACACAAUGCUCACUGCUUCGGGGCAGCUGUUCCCCAUCUACAGCUUUCUCUGAUGGAUAUUAUGUCUAAAGGUAAUAGGGAACUCUUGCAUUAUUGGAAAAUCCAAGCGAAAAACCAUUUAAAACAAAUAACAGCCUAGAGAAACCAAUUAUUAAAAUGCUCUCUGUGUGUUUAACAAUACAAUAUCCUGUAGGACCUGACGUUUUCUUUUGAAAUAUCAGCAGGGUGAGUUGCACCACUUGUAUCUAAUUCCAAACAUCCCCUAGGACAUAGUGAAACUUGCACUUACCCUCUGCUAAAAAGCGAUAGCUGCCCCAGGGCUGGCACACGGCCCUCAGGGGACCCACAGCCCACGCAGGGAAGGUGUGAAGGAGCCAUGCAGAAGCAGGAAUGUCCGGAGGCAUCGCAGCUAGACCCCCCUUCCCGGAGCCAGGGAGCAUAGGGCUGGAAGGAGAGCUCGGCUCUCGCCCUACCCCUCCGCGGAAGGGAGAUGCUCGCUGCCCUGCCCAGCGGGGAUGGCGGAGCGCGGCCCCUGCGGCGCGUGCCAGGGGCACCGGGACGGCUCCUUGGGUCUCCCUACCCCAUCCGCACGCCGACUUGAGGCGUCAGCCAAAGUCUCGCCCUUGGCAUAGGAGAGGAACCGGUUGGUCUGAAGCUUUUAGCGCCCGAGCGGCGCAGUGAAAGAUAUGCAAGCGUUACAUAAAUAUGCAAAAAGAGGGAUUCGUUAGCGACCCACCCCUGGCCUGGCUGUGCUCUCUCUCACGAGGAGGUCAGGCAGGAGAGGCUCCUGCGAAGCUGCAGCACGAAGAAGCUGCGAGAGACAGGAGAAUCAGGCCUGAUGUUUUAGUAACAUCCAGUCAUUUUUAAAUGAAAUGAGAAAAAAAAAAAAAAAAAAGAAAAAAAAAAAGAUCCGACCAUUUUAAAUGAACAGAACUAGCAGCCACCAGCCUAGGUUUUUAAAAUAUUAUUGUUUCAAUAAAGUUAUGUCAAAUUGUGUAGGAAAUAAUUUGUCUUUGGUUUUUAAUCUCGGGGGAGGGGAGGAAAAGCACUUUACGUUGACUUUUUGUUGUUGUUGUUGCGAUGCUGGAGUAGGAUAGCAGAGUGUAACAAUCAAGCACUUUAACCAAGCACUAUUUUAAUUUGUGCCUCCUGUCGUGACCGUGAUUUGUUACACGCCUGUAGCAAGUCACAACCUGUCCUGUGAUAACUGUGAUGGUAAUCUUUUAUGUUGUUCUCUGUUUCUACUGUAAAACUCAAUUGUAAAUAACUCUGUCGAUGAGCAUUUCCUGACCUGUUUCUGAUUACCUGCCG